AAUUGCAGAACGGUGGAUGAAGCCGCCACCUGAUCGAUGAACUUCACCGCCACGUGUCGGUUAACAAUCAAAUAGGGUUCUAUCAUUUCAAUUUCAGUCAAGCUGCUUCAUCCUUCACUUCCCAAAUUCUGGCACAGGUCAAUAUUCCAAACCCUAAUUUCACCAAUUUCUCCAUUAUUAUUCAUCCAAAAUCUGCAUCUCUGCUUUCCGAUGUAUUCAAAUUCCUGCACUCUGUUCACGAUUAAGCCGAUACGUGUUUCGUACGCAGUGAUUUCGUUCACGGCUUCAUGAUCCGGUGAAAUUUAAUGCUUCAUGUUCUAAGGUUUUGAAAUCCUGUUAUUGUUCUAUGGUGGUUGUUAAAUCGAUAACUGACGGUUGAGGUGUAAGGUUAUUGGUGGUGAUAAAGGAGUCACUUUGUGUGGCUUUGAUUUUUAUUUUACCAAUGGCUGAUGACAACCAUCGGGUAAACGGGCUUGCGUCUGGUUUAGCUUUGAUAUUGGAUGGUGAAGAAAGGAAAGAGAGCGGUCAGGAAAACCGCCUCAUUUCGUAUUGUAGUGAUUUUGGUGAGCAGUCGCUUGAACGGACCCUCGAACACAUAUUUGACCUUCCGUAUAAAACGAUUAAUCCGUUGACAUGUCAAGUUGAUGCUAAUGUGAUUUGUGCUAUUAUAAAGAACAAUUACUUGAAGUAUCAUAAAACGUUGUUAAGUAUUGAUUCGCCAAGAGAAGGAGUGUCUGCUAUUGUUGACGGUUCCGGAUCUUACACUGUUAAAAUUGAUGAAUCAAGUGUGUGUGGUGAGUUCCAACUUAUGAAACCUCCUUUGCUACUUGAAAGCCAUGGGGUAUUCAGCAGUGCACGAGCAAAUGCGUGUGUAUGGAAAGGUAAAUGGAUGUAUGAAGUAACUCUAGAAACCGCUGGUUUGCAACAGCUCGGGUGGGCUACUAUUUCUUGCUCUUUUGAAGAACACACAGGUGUCGGUGACGCUGAUGGUUCAUAUGCAUAUGAUGGGAACCGGGUCAUUAAAUGGAACCUAAAUGCUGACCCAUAUGGUCAGCCAUGGGUCGCGGGUGAUGUCAUUGGUUGCUGCAUAGAUUUAGAAAUUGACGAGAUUUCAUAUUACCGAAACGGUAUUUCGCUUGGCGCCGCAUUUAAGGGAAUACGGAAAGUGGUUCCUGGGAUAGGAUAUUAUCCCGCUAUUUCCCUCUCUCAAGGUGAACGGUGUGAUUUAAAUUUCGGGGCUCGCCCGUUUAGAUACCCUAUUCAAGACUUCCAUCCGAUUCAAAUCCCACCAUCUACAAAUAAGUUAGCAGUUCAUUUGCUUCAUUGCUUUUCAAUGCUGACGAAUAUGUUGCGGGGGGAGAAAAGCGGUUAUAAUUCUAUGGAAAAACUAAGAAGGCUAAAACGGUUUAUGCCUGCUAACGAGCUAUAUAACCCUGUUUCUCAUGGAAUUUGCAUGGAGUUGUUUUCUUCUCUUGAUGCAAAUCCUGAUAGUGUAGAAUACAUAACUUGGGGCCCACUUUUGUCGUUUCUCAUGGAUGUGUUCCAGGAUGAUGUACCUCAUGACUAUGAAAGCUUGGAUAGGGUUGUUGACGUCUUACUCACGUUCCCGGGGUCCACUUUGAUGUUUGAACACCUUCUAUCUGCUCUUUCUUAUCGUUGUAAGACUGCAUCUGUAGUCUUAAAAGAGAGUCCAUAUACGGGUUCGUAUCCAUAUCUUGCGUUGGUAUGCCACCUGUUAAGGCGCGAAGAUUUGAUGGUUGUUUGGUGGAAGAUGUCAGAUUUUGAGAUUUUGUUUGAAGGGUUUUUAUCUCAACGAUGCCCAAAUAAGGAUGAUCUUCAGUGUAUGAUACCUGCUGUAUGGUGGCCUGGUUCAGGUGAAGAUAUUUUUAGUUUAAGUAGCAUGAUGUUGACCACUAGAACUUUGACUGAAGCAAUUGAUAAGAUUGAGGAGAAACAUAGGGACCUGUGUUGCCUAGUGAUGCAAUUCAUUCCAUCUGUCACACCCGCUCAAUUACCCGGCUCUGUUUUCCGAACAUUUUUACAAAACAUUAUAUUACGAAACAGGGGAGCGGAUCGCAACAUACCGCCACCUGGCGUAUCAAGCAACUCGGUUCUCGUAUCUUUGUUCACGGUUAUACUUCACUUCUUAUCAGAAGGGUAUGCAAUGAGAGGGUGCGGCUGGAUGAUGGGUUCGGGAACUACUGGCGGGCCCACUAUUGGGUUUCUUCACAAAGGUGGUCAACAAAGUUUCCCACUUCCACUUAUUCUGAAAAACGAUCCUCACCGAGUUGAAAUCCCGAGACUCGGUGGGUCCUACAGUCAUCUAGCUAAUUUACACCCCGUAAACGUGGACCCCGAAGCAGAACUCGUUCGGUGGGAGGAAGGAUGUGUAGAUGACGUGGAUCCGGAAACAAGAAUUACUCACGUAGGGAUUCGGAAACCGUGUUGUUGUUUAAGUUUGGAUGUUAGUUUUACAAGAAGUUCGAAGAUUCCGUUUAAAUAUACGUCUAAAGCUUCUUCGAGCCAUUGCAAUUCGAUUCCGGAGAGAUCUGCUCAUGUGGCGGCUGAGUGCAGUGCUGGUGGUUUGAAUGAUGACGUGGCGGAUAAACCUAGUACCAGUGGUCAGUCAGAUUCCGAGUUCGGUUAUCGUCCCGUGCAGCAAAUGAGGGUUGUAGCAUUCGAGAGCACUUCAUCAUCCUCAACGUUAAUAGAAGAGGAACUUUUGGAUGUGAUGCUUUUGUUGUACCAUUUGGGCGUUGCACCGAAUUUUAAGCAGGCAUCCACUUACAUGUCGCAUCAGUUGCAUUCAAUUUCGCAGCUGGAAGAAACAGAUAGACAAAUAAGAGAACGAAGUAGCGGUGAACAAUUAAGGCGGUUGAAAGAGGCCCGAAGUGUCUACCGUGAAGAGGUUAUAGAUUCUGUGCGCCUUUGUGCUUGGUACCGCGUCUCUCUUUUUGCGAGAUGGAAACAAAGGGGGAUGUACGCAACAUGUAUAUGGAUCGUUCAGCUGCUUCUGGUUCUUAGCAAAAAUGAUUUGGUUUUCAGCUAUGUUCCGGAGUUUUAUUUGGAAACUCUGGUUGACUGUUUUCAUGUGCUGAGAAAAAGUAAUCCUCCAUUUGUUCCUGCCGGAAUGUUUAUAAAACAAGGGCUUACUUCAUUUGUUACUUUUGUUGUUACCCAUUUCCGUGACCCAAGAAUAUCAAGUGCAGAGUUACGAGAUCUACUUCUGCAAUCGAUUUCUGUAUUGGUUCAAUACAAGGAGUUUUUGGGUGCUUUCGAGAGCAACCAAACGGCAAUUCAUAGCCUGCCAACAUCAUUAUUAUCAGCAUUUGAUAACCGAUCGUGGAUUCCUGUAACAAAUAUACUCCUAAGGUUAUGCAAAGGCUGCGGCUUUGGAUCUUCGAAGCAUGGAGAGUCUUCAUCGACUUCUAGUGUUUUUCAGAAAUUAAUACGCGAUGCUUGUCUCGAAGACGAAGAAUUAUUUUCAGCAUUUCUCAAUCGUCUUUUUAAUACCCUUAGCUGGGCAAUGACGGAAUUCUCAGUGUCCAUUAGAGAAAUGCAAGAAAAAGGCCAGAUGAUAGAAUUUCAGCAGAGGAAAUGUAGUGUUAUAUUUGAUCUUUCGAGCAAUCUAGCAAGGGUACUAGAGUUCUGUACAUGUGAAAUUCCUCAGGCUUUUCUGUUGGGGUCAGAUACAAACUUGCGCAGAUUAGUUGAGUUGGUUGUUUUUGUUCUCAAUCAUUUGACUUCAGUUGCUGACCCGGAAUUCUUUGACUUGACACUUAGAAGACCUGGUCAGACUCCAGAAAAAGUCAACAGAGGCAUGAUCUUGGCGCCUUUAGUUGGCAUCAUCUUGAAUUUGUUGGAUGCUAGUCUUGUAACCGACUCCAGUGAUCAGAACGAUAUUUUGGGCACUUUUGCAAGCAUGGACUGUGCGGACACUCUUAUAUCUGGUUUCCAGUAUCUAUUAGAGUUCAAUUGGGCUGGCACCUUUAAGGGGGAUGUUCAUCUUACAAAACUGAGGCAACUAGAGGAUUUCUCUAGCCAUCUCAUCUCAAGAACAUUGGUGAAGAGGGUGGCCCAAAAAGAAGAAACCGAAAGUGAUGAUAAUGUGUGUUGCAUAUGCUACACUUGUGAAGCAGAUGCCAAAUUCUUACCAUGCACACAUGUUUCAUGUUUUGGCUGCAUUAACCGCCAUCUCAUCAAUUGCGAAAGGUGCUUCUUUUGCAAUGCAACAGUACUUGAAGUCGUUCAAAAAACUUGUGAAAUAUGAUUUUUUUUUAUAUUUAGAAUCAAAUUUAGUUUACAUGGGGGAAAGGCCUGGAUAUGUUAGGAGGUAUUAUUUAUAGAAAGUGGAAACUUAUAGAAUAUAUUAGCUGUAUAAUCGUUAUUUAAAAAAGAAUGAAUUUCAAGGAUUGUCCUUUAUCUUUAUACC